CAAAAACACUCAAUGCUAACCAACUUUGGUAGCUCCGGCGAAUACCCGGUUCUUGUUCACUGAGCCACCAUGCCACGUGUCCUCACCACCCCACCGGCCCACCACCAUCAGCAGCAGCUCCUUAUAUUAUCUCCUCCUCACUUUGUUUUCAAUUUCUAGAGAGAGACAAUUCCCUCCCUUAGAGAGAGAAACAUAUGGAACGUGGAGGAGGUUUCCAUGGCUACCACAGGCUCCCCAUCCACCCUACAUCUGGGAUGCAACAGCCGGAUAUGAAGCAGAAGCAACCAGACACAACCAACACCACAUCUACAGAAGACAAUGAGUGCAUUGUUAGAGAGCAAGACCGCUUUAUGCCGAUAGCAAACGUGAUCAGGAUCAUGCGAAAGAUCUUGCCACCUCACGCGAAGAUCUCUGACGACGCAAAAGAAACGAUCCAAGAAUGUGUUUCCGAGUACAUUAGUUUUGUGACAGGUGAAGCGAAUGACCGUUGCCAACGCGAGCAGAGAAAGACUAUCACAGCUGAAGAUGUGUUGUGGGCUAUGAGCAAACUCGGGUUUGAUGACUAUAUCGAACCGUUGACUGUGUAUCUUCAUCGCUACAGGGAGUUUGAUGGGGGUGAGCGUGGGUCGAUAAGGGGUGAGCCGCUUGUCAAGAGGGCUGCGGCUACUGCUGACCCUGGUCCGUUUGGUAUGGGUCCGUUUGUGCCUGGUUUUCACAUGGGUCAUCAUAAUGGGUUCUUUGGUCCUGCUAGCAUUGCUGGUUUCUUUAAGGACCCGUCGAGUGCGGCUGGCCAGUCUGGGCCUGCUGGUUUCGAGCCGUAUGCUCAGUGUAAAGACUAACUGGUUUCGAUUUUCGAGCCGUGUGUUGGUUGGUUUGUUUUUUUUUCUUGUUUGUUUGUCUUCUUGGUCUUGGAGCAACAAAUUACAUUGGGUCAAACUUUGGCAAGGCAUGUAAAAACUGACACUCUCCAUCUACUGGUAGUAAUCUGCUUUUCUUC